GAUGUAGACUCCUAUAUCCAUCGUUCUGGGCGCACAGGUAGAGCUGGACGAAAUGGGAUGUGUAUCUGUUUCUAUCAGCGCAAGGAAGAUCAUCAACUAAGACAAGUAGAACAGAAAGCGGGGAUUACAUUUAAACGUGUAGGUGUUCCUACAGCAACGGAUAUAAUAAAAGCCUCCAGUAAAGAUGCAAUCAGGUCUUUGGAUUCUGUUCCUCCUUCUGCUAUUGACUACUUCAGACAGUCUGCCGAGAGGCUGAUAGAGGAAAAAGGAGCGGUGGAAGCACUUGCAGCAGCAUUGGCUCACAUUUCAGGAGCUACCUCCAUUGAACAACGUUCCUUACUCAAUUCUGAUGUG